AUGCAAGCCUCCUUUUAUUUUUGUUCGUGCAUUCAACUGACAGCUGACUGGUUAAAUUCUAAUUGCUUCCAAGUGAGGUCAGCAAAGGUAUUUAUCGAAAAGGACUGAACAACAGGCUCUACACACACAUGCACGCACACGCAUAAGCACACAUCUCUCCAGCGUGUUGAUUUAUGGAAACAAUUAUUAUUUUGGUGGAGUCUUUCUGAGCUGAGAAAGUUUGUAGCUGCAGUGCUGUGUCUCAUGUUGCAAAAAGCAGACAACAGAAAUGGAAUACUUGGGUAUCCAGCUCUUAUCAACAGGAACAAAUCUUUUACUUUCAGUGCAAGCAGCAAAUUCAAGUAGUACAGAAGGUUACAGCAACAAAGGUUUUUAUAACUUGUGUCUUUAAAGGAUAUUCUGACUGAAGAGAUAUUAAAGAAGCUCUUCUAUUUCGCCAUUAACUAAUAAGGAAUAACGAUCAGGAUUCUAGAAGAGGGAACAAUCACAUUUAAAUGAAUCUGUAACUCAUAAAGACAGAAGGCAGGUCGGUGACCUAAGAGCAACAGUCUACUUGAGAUUUAAUUUUCAUUAUGUUGUUCAUGAACACCCAGAACACUGCACUAUAAUGCACAAAUGGAUACUGACAUGGAUCCUGCCAAUUUUGCUCUACAGAUCAUACUUUUACAUUAUCUUUCUAAUGGGCACUAUAUCUUUAGCUUGCAAUGACAUGACUCCAGAGCAAAUGGCUACAAAUGUGAACUGUUCCAGCCCUGAGCGACAUACCAGAAGCUAUGAUUAUAUGGAAGGGGGGGAUGUAAGAGUGAGAAGACUUUUCUGUCGAACUCAGUGGUAUAUGAGGAUUGAUAAGCGAGGCAAAGUAAAAGGGACAAGAGAAGCAAACAACAACUACAGUAUUCUAGAAAUCCGAACAGUGGCAGUUGGAAUAGUGGCAAUCAAAGGAGUGGAAAGUGAAUACUUUCUAGCAAUGAACAAGUCAGGAAGACUCUAUGGAAAGAAAGUAUGCAAUGAGGAUUGCAACUUCAUAGAACUAAUUGAAGAAAACCAUUAUAAUACAUAUGCUUCUGCAAAAUGGACACACAAAGGAAAAGAGAUGUUUAUUACAUUAAACCACAAAGGUGUUCCAAUGAAGGGUAAAAAAACAAAGAAAGAACACAGAGCAUCCCACUUUCUUCCUCUGGCAAUAUCCUAAUCAUACACGAUCUGUACAGAACUAGUUCCAGCAGGAAGAUUAUUUUUAAGAAGAUUAUUUGACAAGGUAUCAAGAGAGGCUGGAAUACUACUGAGAAACUGAACAAGCUGGACUUGCGCAUUUAUGUUUAUUUUUAAGAGACUACGUGGAAAAGAUUUGAAAAUAUACGCAAAACCAGAUUUCCUAACUAAAAGCUGUAAAGAAUUCUAAAGAGUUGUACAAUCAUUAUCUUAGUCAUUUUAACUGGGUAGUUUCUUAAAUUAAUUUACCCUGAAGAAUAAUUCAUGACUUGAUUAUCUGAUAAUAUUUAAUUUAAAUGAAAAAAGAAAAAAAAAAACACAAAAAAAAACAAAAACAGAAAACAAUCUGCUUCUUAAAUAUGGCUGCUAUAAUAAUAAUAAGCAGAUGAUAAUGUUGUGUAAAAUAUGUCAGACUCUAAGGCUGCUGGAACGAGUUGUCAGAUUAUCAAGUCAAUAGUAAGUGUGGAGGCUGAGCAGUAUUUUAAAUACUUCCCCAAGAAACCGAUAACCUAUACAUAAACUAUAUGAUCAGAAAAAAUAUAUAAUCGUGUAAAUGUCUAUUGUUGCAUUUCAGAUAAAAGAGUUAGUUUGGAAAAAUUAAGUUUACUCUACUACAAAAAUGUUCCUAUCUAUUAAUGAAACAAAUACUUAAUGCUGCUCUAAAAGAUGUUUCAAAAUAGUGUAUGUAAAAUAAUAGGAAUAAAUAACAUACUUCAUCUCACUUUUCACAAAGUAACAAUUUAUAUAACGACGAAGAAAAAAUUCAGACAUAUUAAGGUAUUUUAUGUAACAUAUCCUAUCUUUUGUAUAAUUCCUGCUAGGGCAUACAGCUUUUAAUAAUGUUGUUUGUUGUUUGGUUUUUUUUUUCUUCCAACCUUAUACAUGCUUUUUCUGUUGUUACAGCAUUAAACUUUAUUUUAAGUUGUAUUUGAA